AUGACCCGUAUACUGGUGUUGGUUUUGUCGUGUUAUAGGUACACGACGUACUUGAACCGGAGGAACGCGCUGCUCGGCAUCGCUGGCGUCUGGGCGCUGGCCGCGUUCGUGUCCGUGGUGCCCAUCUGCAUACUGAGCAUCCACCGGCCGCCCAAGCCGGUGGUGUUCCACGCGGGCGACACCGAGUACAUGCGGUGCGCGCUGGACCUGACACCCGAGUACGCCAUCAUAUCGUCGUGCAUCAGCUUCUACAUACCGUGCGUGGUGAUGAUCGGCAUCUACUGCCGGCUGUACCGGUACGCGCAGAAGCACGUGCAGAGCAUCCGGGCGGUGACGCGGCCGCUGACCACGACGACGACCACGACCACCGGGGCGGCCGCGGCGUCGUCGGCCACGCUGACGGCCGUGCACCACCACACGUCGCCGUACCACGUGAGCGACCACAAGGCGGCCAUCACGGUGGGCGUGAUCAUGGGCACGUUCCUGCUGUGCUGGGUGCCGUUCUUCUGCGUCAACAUCAUCGCGGCGUUCUGCAAGACGUGCAUACCCGAAGCCGCGUUCAAGGUGCUCACGUGGCUCGGCUACUCCAACUCCGCGUUCAACCCGAUCAUCUACUCGAUAUUCAACACCGAGUUCCGGGACGCGUUCCGCCGCAUACUCACCACCCACUACCCGGACUGGUGUUUCUGCAAGGGUUACCGGACGGUGGUGCUCAGCUCGGACGCGUCGUUCCGGCACAACCAGCGGCGGAAGCCGACCGGCGGCGGUGGCUGCGAUUUCGUGUCGUCCGCCUCGGCCACGGCCGUCGUCGCCGCGUCCACCGUCGUCAAGCACAACGGCAAGGCCGCGACCGCCGCGACGGCGUCUGCGCAGCAAUCGGUGUGCGGCGGCGCGGGCGUGCCUCCGAUCGCGAGCCCGAGGUCGUCAGUGGCGUCGCUCCGCCAGUCGAGGCUCAACUCGUCCGAGAAGAUCAUCAUCGAAGCCGACGAGGAGAUCUGA